CCGUCUGAGAAAGAGAGCAGCUGAGAGAGAAGCCAGAGCCAAGGUUAAUGUUUCUGCUGGUGCCAGGCUGCACCCUAAAGCUAUUGCUAAACCAUUCACCUCUGGGUUAAAGAAAAGACUGAACACAGAGCGUCAGAAGCACCGGUACCGCCUCCACUCUGUGGCCUGUCUUGGCACUGAGAUCCACCUGGCAGCCUGCCCCCUGGAGUCCAACAAGGGUAAUGCCACAGGGUUGUGUGAAGGUGGCAUGCCAGCCGUGGUCAGCUGUAUACCCGGACCCCAGUACGUACAGAACAACGGACUGAAGAAGAAGCAGCUCAAAACUACGAGCACGGUGAGGCUGAAGGGUGGUGCCAAGCUGGGUGAGGGCAGAGUGGAAGUCCUGAGGAACAAUGAGUGGGGAACGGUGUGUGACGACCGUUGGACCCUGCUGUCAGCCAGCGUGGUGUGCAGGGAGCUGGGCUUCGGAUCCGCCAAGGAGGCUCUGACUGGGGCUCGCAUGGGAGAAGGGAUGGGUCCCAUCCACAUGAAUGAGGUCCAGUGUCUGGGGACGGAGAAGUCGAUGUGGGACUGCGGCUUUAAGAACAUAACCUCAGAGGACUGCCAGCAUGUAGAAGACGCCGCUGUGAGGUGCAACACGCCAUACAUGGCUCUGGAGAACUCGAUCCGCCUGACAGGGGGCCGUACGCGGUAUGAGGGGCGGGUGGAGGUGCUGAGCACAGAGGCUAACGGGACCAGGAGCUGGGGCCUGAUCUGUGGAGGGACCUGGGGCACCAAGGAGGCCAUGGUGGCCUGCAGACAGCUGGGGCUAGGCUACGCUAACAACGGCCUGCAAGUAGGUGUAUUAACCAAGCUAACGGCUAGGCUACGCUAGCAGCGGCCUGCAAGUAGGUCUAUUAGCCAAGCUAACUGCUUUUCCACUGCUAAUAUAAUAUGCUUAAAACAGGUUAUAACCAUGGACUACAAGUACCAUUAAUCUCCAACCUCACUUACCAUGGCAACUAUGGAACACACGUACAUCCACUCAACCAAUCAUGAUAUUACAUGAAUCCCCUCAACUAAUCAUGAUAAUUACAUGAAUCCCCUCAACCAAUCAUGAUAUUACAUGAAUCCCCUCAAUCAAUCAUGAUAUUACAUGAAUCCCCUCAACCAAUCAUGAUAAUUACAUGAAUCCCCUCAACCAAUCAUGAUAUUACAUGAAUCCCCUCAAUCAAUCAUGAUAAUACAUGAAUCCUUUCAACCAAUCAUGAUAAUUACAUGAAUCCCCUCAACCAAUCAUGAUAAUACAUGAAUCCCCUCAACCAAUCAUGAUAAUACAUGAAUCCUCUCAACCAAUCAUGAUAAUACAUGAAUCCUCUCAACCAAUCAUGAUAAUACAUGAAUCCCC